AUGGUUAUUCAAGCAAGACUUCCUACCGACCCCCAGUUUUGGAAAGAUUGCCCCUUGGAAAAGGGCUGUAUCAUAGAAUUUCCCUUGGAGAAGCCGGACGAAGAGGAAGCGGUGCAGAGCGAGGUCAGCAUGCUGGUGGAGGAAGUGGAGGAAGAUGGCAGUGGAUUGUGGCUGAAGGUUCGUCACCUGGGCAGCGCAGCCUUGUGGGCGCGCGAGAUGGCUAUCAGGCUGUUCUCAAGAGAAAGGAGACAGAUUCAUGUGUGCCGGGAAGGUUGUGCAGUAUGCAGCAUGGCUGACGACCCAAGGUCCUUCCACUUGGACGAGCUGGCCAUUUUUCCCGUGGGCAUGGAACCGCCAGAUUACGUGGAAAGAGGAAAACGAAAAGAGUGGAAGAAGCGCUAUGAGGAGAUUGUGAAGGAGGCUGCGGAAGUUGGCGGGCGCGGGGGCGCCAUGGCUUCCACUCCGGCGUUCCCGCCGGCGGCCCCGGACCGAAUCUCAGCCUUGAGGUCCCGGCUGCAAGCACGGACAAGGAGCGGAGCUGGAGCAGUUCACGGGCGAGGUAUCGUUCCUCCAGCCCCCCCACUAGCGCUGGCGGAUGCCGCCCGGGGCGCUCGGGCGGUCAAGACCGAGCCGGUGGGAGGUUCACAGCUCAGACUCCGGACGGCCGCGGAGGUCACGCUCGAUGCGGCCCGCGCUGGCAAGAGCCGUGACGCAGAUGGACCAGGAGGUACACGAGGGGGAGCGGCCAGCGACGGAGGCAGAGGAGGUCCAAGAGCCGCUCGAGGCGACAUCGGUCCCGCCGUUCCAUGGACGUCGACGGGACAGUCGGAGCCGAAGCGACUCGCGGGACUCAACAAGCGGAUCAUCAUCAGACAGUCUGGUGCCGCCCCUGCAAAAGAAGGCAGCGAGGGAACCCGGUUCCGUGCUAAGAAUGCUGCUCUCACGAAUGUUCGGGGAAGCUCUAGCCGAAGCCGCCGUGCCAGAAGGCCGCCUAUAGAGAGCGAGCUGGCUGGCGGCAACAAGCUGUCGAGCUAUUUCCAAAUUGUCGCCAAGCCGCAGAUACCAGGCAAGGUGAGGGAUGCGAGAGAGCUGGAGACUCUCGCCAGAUGUGUGGAUCUGCUGAAAGCCGGGCGCCUUCCGGAACUGGGCGAUGCGCUGGCGGGCAGAUUUCUGGCGGUGGAAAGCGCGGCCCUUACAAACAACUGGCACGACGCGCAGCACUUGGAGGUGGUGCCAUCGCGUCACAACGGGCUUGCAGGCCCCGCCGUGCUCCUUCAAGCCCAGCGGCACGCGCGCCAGGUAGAGAAAGCUGCCGGGCGCGGGGGCUGGAGGAGGAUGAAUACGGGCGGCGGCGGCGGCGGCUACACCCAGCCGAGUGGACCCGCUCGAGCAGACGAAAAAGGAGGCGACGGCCGCAGGAGAGAAGUGAGUCCAGAGGCCAAUGCCCCGCGCGCAGGUGUCGCUGGGGAAGAUGAGCCAAAUUCAGAAUUUUGGGCAAGAUUUGAAGCCCCUAUACAGGCCUUCGAUCGGGAUAACCCGGAGGUCGAAGACGUCAGUUGGGUGCCAGUGGAAUCUGGCCCCUAUCAAGUGGUCGUGGACUGUUCCCGCUGCCAGUGGACUGGAGCCUUGGAGGAAGGACGGGAGAUGCUCGUUUCCCUCAAGGGGUACAGGUUGUUUCCCCCCUUGAUGUUUGGAAUGAUGUUUUGGCUAAAAAGAAUUUCUUACGAUGGUGAGGAGUUUGUUGACCCGGUCCCCUUAACCUUAGAGCAGAUUUUUCAGAGCCUGCCUCCACUUGGUCAUGGGGGUUCAGUUGAGCUUGAGCCGCUGCUGGUUGGUCAUGCUAAGCACUUAAUACGACAUCCAGAAAAGAUUCUUCUAGAUGAAGCCCUGAAGGAACCUGGCCCCAACAAGGCGCGGGUGCAUAUCACCCCCGGGGAAGAGCUGGGUAUUUGGCACCUCCUGCACGAGCGGGAGAUAGUUGAGUGGAUCAAACUGGAUGCUGUAUAUUCCGACGGGGGAGGCCCCUACCUUUCUGGAAUGUUUGGGGUGCCCAAGGCUGGGCGUUGUACUAGCGCGGGAAACCCGCUGCUCAGGGUGAUCAUGAAUCUCAAGCCAAUAAACCGGGCGCUAGAAAUCAUUCGUGGAGAUAUCAGCGAGCUCCCCAUGGCAACCAUGUGGGGACAGCUGAUCUUGGAAGAAGAUGAGUUGCGGCGACAGACGCUCGCUCCCCCUUGGUUUGUGGAUAGCCUUCUGCGAUCCGUGCUGCAUGAGGAGGUCGUAGAGUCCUGGAAUGAGCAUGGCGUGCUGCGUGCGGAAGAGAAGCACAUCCUAGCAGCAACAGAUGCCGUUGAGUUGGGGAUCAACAUCCAGGGGGAUGUCGGCCCGCGAUGGCAGUACUUAGCCAGAGCUGGAACUACACCAAGCAAGGCGCUUAGCAUGCUAAUCUGCUUGGCACCCUUGUUACACAUGGACAUCAGAAUGCCGUUUUCACAAGUGGUAACAUGUUCGGAUGCCUCUCACUUUGGUGGGGCAGUAGCUGUUGCCGAAGCGCUGGGCAGCGCUGGCCAACAGCUGUGCCGCCGGCUCUCUUCCCCGGAACUUGAGGCCAUUGCUGCACCGCUGUUGGUGGUGUCUGCCUUCAACGGCAUCGGUGGAGCCUUCAGGGGGUAUGACCUGGCAGGGGUCAAACCGCAGGGCCUCAUAGCCAUUGAAUGGGACAGAGCCGCCCGUCGAGUUACCCGAAAAGCCUGGCCACAAGUCAUUGAAUUCGGUGAUAUUGAAAAAAUCACCAGACGGGACGUUCAAGACUGGGCAAACCUCUUCCCACGUGUCACGCACGUGCACGUGGUUGGGGGUUUCCCAUGUGUCCACCUUUCGGCAGUCCGCGCGGGGCGCCAGAACCUGGAGGGUGAUGGUUCGCGGCUCUUCUGGUGCCUGACGCGGCUGAUCCGCUGGGUCAAAGAGGCCUUUGGUGCCAGCGCCCGGGUGGACUUCUUGAUCGAGAACGUGCUGAGUAUGGACACCUCGGCACGCGCAGCAAUCUCCCUAGAGUUGGGCGUGGAGCCCUAUGCGCUCUGCCCUUCGGAUAUGCUGCCUUACAAUCGCCCGAGCUUGGCUUGGGUCAGCCCGACUAUGCAAGAAGGUGACGGAAUCCGGCUGGAGCCACUUGAAGGGUUCACCCGGGUUCAUAUGCGCGGCGGCGGCAUCUCCGAUCUUCAAUGGUUAGAGCCUGGGUGGUCCAGAUACAACCCAGCUGCUCCACUGCCAACCUUCAUGAAGUCAAUCCCUCGUCACCGGCCCCCCGAAAGGCCUGCGGGACUAGCUCGAUGUGACCAAGAUUGCAUUGAAAGAUGGACGUCAGAUUCUUUCAGGUUCCCUCCAUAUCAAUACAAGCUGGAGAACCUCCUGCAGAACGCGGCUGGUGAUUUGCGGUACACAUCCGCUAGUGAACGGGAACUGCUGCUCGGUUUUGGGUUCAAUCAUAUUCAUUUUGCUUUCUCAGCCAGCGAGAGCAAGGGCCAGGAACUGGCUUUCGAGGACAAACGGCUGCGACCCAUUAAAAAGGGCAAGUCGCUGGCCGAACGUCAGGCCGCGCGACGUGGCAUCUCGCUUCGGGGGGUUGGCAUCAGUGCCACAACCGAGCACAGGUACAAUUCGGCCAUGUCCACGUUGCUGCCCAGCUUGGAGCUCGCUGGGUCCAUGGAUGACCUCGACCCGCUCUGUGAAGAGUGGAUUGAAGCUCAAUGGGUGGCUGGCACUCCCCUCGGCAUCAUUGGGGAUGCUCUUUGCGGGGUACAUUUCUACUGGCCUCAAAGCAAGGGCUUUUUGAAGGGGUCUUGGCGCCUCUAUCGAAACUGGCGCCGUAUUGAAGUGCCCCAGCGAGCUCCACCCUUGCCCCGCUUGGUUUGCCGAGCUCUCAUCAGCUUCUUCUUGGAGUGCAAUGAACCCACAAUGGCCUUUCUGCUUGCAUUAGGUUUCCAUACCUACUUGCGCACAGGAGAGAUCCUCAAGCUCACCGCUCAAGAUGUUGCUCUCAAUUCUCAGCAUGGAGUUGUUACAAUCCGACGUAGCAAGACAGGUCUCCGAUUCAACAUCGAUGAAGCCGUAGCCAUCAACGAUCUGAGUCUUUUCUCACUUUGGGAGCUAUGCCAUCUAGAGCGUGCGCUGGCACCGGGUGAUCUCAUCUGCCGCCGUAGCGCAAAUGCUUUUCGGCAAUUGUUCUAUCAGGGGAUCCAUUUCUUCAAACUUGAUCACAUUGGUUUUGCCCCCUAUUCAAUUCGUCGGGGAGGCGCUACGCAUAGUUUCCAGACUUCCCAGAGCCUGGAAAGUAUCCUCCUCAGAGGACGCUGGCGCGCCUUAGGCGUUGCCAGACUUUACAUCGAAGCCGGCCAGGCAGAGUUGUCUCAACUUCAGGUGUCCCCACAGUCUCAACGAUUGCUCGCUUCCUUCAACCGAGGACUUCCACCUCAAAUGUUACCUUGA